UGUCCACAAUCCAUAGUUGGAUACCACUAAAGAACGGCAGAAUAAAAAAGGAGAGCAAUCACGCCAAAAAGGAGAAAGAAAACCCUGCCCUCGUUCCCCAAUCUCCUCGCACGCAAUUCGCCAAUCUUUAUUUUAUCGAUCACAUCAAAACCCUCCUUAAACCUUCUCUCUCUCUCUCUCCUUCCUCUAUCGUCUGUGCCUCGCCAAUGGCAAAACCCUAUUUUUUUCAAAUCCUUUUUGGGUUUCUAGGGUUUGUUCUCUUCAUCUCUGUACCUGCCGCUGGCGGCGGAUCGAUCCAUGAACUACUACGCGAUCACGGCCUACCGGCGGGUCUUCUCCCCACUGCGGUGUCGUCCUACAAUCUGGAUCUGGAAACUGGUGUCUUGGAAGCUCAUCUUGACCGUCCGUGCUAUGCCAAGUACGAUGGAAUGGUCUUCUUCAACGAGACGGUGAGGGGUAAUUUGAGCUAUGGUGGGUUGAGGGGUUUGGUGGGUCUUUCGCAGGAGGAGCUCUUUCUAUGGCUACCGGUUAAAGAGAUAUUAGUUGCUGAUCCUUCAUCGGGAGUUAUUUUGUUUGAUAUGGGUGUUGCUCAUAAGCAAUUGUCUCUCUCGCUGUUUGAGAAUCCACAGGAUUGCAGUGUGGGAGGAGAGAAGUUUGGUAAAGGUUUAAUCCGGAUGAUCAGUGAAGGGAUUGGAAGGAAGCUAAUAGGAUUCUUGGGGGAAUGAUAAGGACUGAAAAGAUGCUUCAGAUUUGUACUUCCGGCCUCUAUAUUCUUCUUUUGAGUGUCUUUUAUAAAUUGUGAUUUUCAUUUAUGUAUAAUUAAUGGUACAGUUCAAAAUUUGCUUUGCUUUUUUUUUUUUUUAAUUAUUUGUUGCUUUAUAUACAUGCUUGAUCUUUGAUUGAUCAAAUCAGAAGCAUCUCCAUUAUCGCCAAGGUUUUGGGCUACUGGAGCCGAGCCAGCCAUGCAAGAAUCACAGUUCUUGCAUUUUGUUAUCUUGUAAUGAAUUAAUAUCUAAAUGUUUCUGGGCCAUAGGGGGUGCUCAGUUACAAGAAUUUUUCAUGAUAGUAUUCUGUAGAAGAAAUCCUGUUUUAUUUGUUUGUUU